UCCAGAAGUCACUAAAAAGUGACUUUGCGAUAGGCGAUAGUUUUCUCGUCCAAUUGUCUGCAGGGAUUCUAGUGAAAAACAGCGGCAGUCCACCACUGUGUAUAAUUUCUGACAGCUAAACAACUAAAAAAAAGAAGUGGCUUAAAACUUUAGACGCUCAACCGACGAAAACUCCAUACCGGACCUAAAAUGGACGACAUAAGGAGCAGCAUGGAUAACAUGAUGGCCCGCUUCAACGACGACAUCACCCACUCGGCGCCCAAGAAGCUGCUCUUCAACCGGCUUUCCGCCUCCUUCAGCGAUAAUUUAGUGCCCACUCCCAAGAAGCGCCGCCUGGGCCAGGAAUCGCCGAAUCGCAGCCUGAACGACAGUUCCGCCUCCCUGAACAGUUCCUCCAACGAUCCCUUCGGCUCCUGGCAGAGCAGCAAACUGCGCACCGAUUUGAUCGAAACCAAGGCCAUAGUCAUCCAACUGCGCAAUGAGAUCGAGCAGAAGACCCGGGAGCACCGCCAGGCCAUGAUGCUGGCGGAGAACAAGAGCUCCGCCCUGAAGCAGCAGUGCGAUACCACCUGCAAGAAGUACUUGGACCUCCAGAGGGACUUCGAGAUGAUGCAAAAACGGGAGCUGGCCCUCAAGGAUGAGGCCAGUCGAGCCACCACGGAGUUGGCCCAACUGGAGCUCAAGUACGACGAGGCCAUGAACAAGCUGCAGAGGGAGAAGCACCUGCAGGUGGAGGAUGCCCGCGAUGUCCAGCUGUGCAUCAGCAAUGAGCUGAGCGAGUAUCGCCGGAUGGCCCAGCGGGCCGAUCUCGAGCUGCAGUCCACGCGCAACGAUCUGGAGCGCUUGCGCAGGCGCCACGAGGAGCUUAAGGCCAGGUUUUCCGGCUACGACGAGAUGCGCAGCGACUAUGAGAAGCAGACGCAGAACCUGAAGGUGGCCAACGAUCGCAUCCGGGAGCUGGAGUUCGAGAUCCAAUCGUACAGCGACUGGAAGGAGGUGACCAAGGCCUCGCAGGAGCGCCUGGCCAGCAUUCCGGAUCUGAUGGCUGAGGUGGAGCGCCUGCGUGGCCACAACAAGCAUUUGAACACUCUGAUUGGCGAUAAGUUGCUGCUGGAGGAGCAGGUGCACGACUACAAGACGCGACUGGACCGCGAGGAGGGUGCUCGCGCGGAGGCGGCUUCCCUGCAGGUGAAGCUGACGCAUGUGGAGCAGGAACUCAAGGAGUGGGUCAAGGUGGCCCAGGAUCACUGCCUGGCCAACACCCUGGUCAGCCCCAUGGCCCUGCGCUCGCGCAUUGAGCAACUGCUGAAGGAGGACAUCAUCAACGUGGCGGAAAAGACCUCUUCCGCCUCGGACUCCAAGCAUUUGCUGACUUCAGUGCGUGACCUGGAGCAGAAAUGCGCCAUCUACCUGAAGAACAUCGAGGAUCUAAAUAUCGGACUGAAGCGCCACAAGAACUUCAAGGAGCGACUGCAGCGUAAGCUGAUCACCGUGUCUAAGGAGCGCGACUUCUACAAGCAACUGGUAGAGAACUUCGACAAGGACAUGACCAUGAGCAAUGCCAGUGUGGCGGACAUGACGCAGGACAUGCAGGUGCGCUACCGUGUGGAGGUUCUGGAGCGGACCGUGACCGGCUACAAGGACAUGUGUGCCACGUUGGAGCGCGAGAUUCAGGCAAUGCGCCAGCAGGAGCAGCUGGCCGAACCCGCUGGCGAGGGCUACGAUACCGUCAAAAAGGAACUGGAUACGCUGCGACUGGAGAAUGACCGCUUGCGCCGUCGCAAGGAGGAACUGGAACUGGAGAUGAUGCACCGCUGCCUGCGCGGCGACUUCAACAUGAAGGACUUCAAGGUGGUGCAUCUCAGCGAGAAUCCCGCUGCCGAGGCCUACGAGUCCAGCAAGAACAUGAUGGAGAAGCUGCAGGCGGAGAUUGAGCGCCUGAAGCGGCGCAACAAGAAGCUGGAGGACGAUGAGACGCAGCGUCUGAAUGAGACAACCAGCACGGGCGGCAUGACCCUGAACUUCAAGGAGUUUAACCAGCUGCGUGCGGACUUAGAAUCGGCCAAUGGCAAGAUGCGCAAAAUGAAGGAUUGCUUUAAGGCGGCUCGUGAGGAGUUCCGCGAUGUGUGCUACAUGCUACUGGGCUACAGGAUCGAUCGCAUUGGCGCCAAUAGCAACUACCGCAUUUCCAGCAUGUUUGCCGAGGGUCCGGACGACUAUCUGGACAUCAGCCUCAACGAAUCCAAUUGUUUGGCCCUGCUGGAGUCGCCCUAUUCACAUACUUUCAAUCCGCCCAUUGAUCAGCAACUGGCCGCCACUAACUUCCCCGCAUUCUUCUCCACCCUCACCCUGGAACUUUUUCAAAGGUCCACUGUGACCUAGAGAAACACUAUUUUAAUUGUAGCUUUAGUUAGCCGAGUGUGGAGGCAACACAUUUUAUUCUUGUCAGCAUCAGAUAUACGAAUGAUUUUAAUUAUAAACUAAUAGCUGCCCCACAGACUGUAUUCGAGUGCGAAAAUAAUAAUAUUCUUCUACACCUUUUGUACUACAAAUUGCAA